CUCCCUGCAAGGAAGGCCUGUCGGAGCUGCGGGGGUGGUGCUGGAGGCCAGGGCAGGGCAAAGACAGAGCUGGAGAGAGAGUUGCAAAACCGCCGCUUCCCGGGCCGAAAGACCAAUCGCUCGCCUCAGCCGGCUCCCCGCCCAAGCGAGCAUCCGCCCGCCCUCCUCCAUCACCGUCACGUGAGAAGACAGCCCGGGGUCCUUGCAGCAGCAGCACCAUCACCACGCGGAGACGGAGCUGCGCGGCGUGGGAUUGGAGGCAGCGUUGGCCUUUUUCUCCCCGCGCUUGCAAAGCUAGUCCGGAAAGGAGCUUUUUUUUUCCCGCCACCAUGAAGCUGCUGAUGGUGGUCGUGCUUCUGCUGCCGAUCUGCCUCUUUGUCACCUUGGUGAGUUCCCAAGGAACAAAUCGGACCAUCACCACCUCAGUUUCUCCCCAUUCAAAUUCGACAACAAGUCUUCCUAAACAUACUACUUCUGCCACAACCCAUAAUGCAACAAACAUAACCACCCCGGCUAUUUCUACCACUACGGCUGCCGUCCAUGCAACCACUGCCGCCAAAACUGAAAAUGGAACCAGUGUGAAGCCCACGCCAAGCAAAUCUGUGGCACCUAAUUCGACAGCAGUGACCUCCAAAACUGCACUGCCUUCUGUUUCUGUGACUGUCACUCCAAAAGCUGCAGCAGCUCAACCUGCAUCGUCAGGGUUCAGCGCAGGCAGCUUCAUCGGUGGCAUUGUGUUGACGCUGGGACUUCUUGCUGUCGGCUACGUUGGAUGCAGAACCUACCAUGCAAAAAGGGGCGUCCAAUACCGAACCAUUGAUGAACACGAUGCCAUCAUUUAAAGUCUGUGUUCAAAAGACAAAGGUGAAACCUUUACCCUUACUUGUGCUAUUAGAAACAAUAUCUUCCCCUAUGGAAAACAGGCCUUAAUGAAAAUUUGACCAUAGCCUACACCGGAUGCGUACCUGCUUUUUGGAGCAUAUACCUUUCUGUAAAAUUCUGCAGGACCCAGAACUCCGUAUGGAUGCUGAAUACUUCAUAGUACUUUCAUUGAAGAGUUUUGAGGACCAACACAAUUGGCACCUACCUAGUGACCACUUUCUGAAGAAAUGAGAAGAGCGUAGUUAAAAAGUUACUACUGCUUAGCUGUUAAAGCGCAGAAGAUCGGAGACGUUGACUCCACAAUAGAACACAAGGUUGUGCUGUGAACACACUGACUUCUGCCAUUCUGUACGUUGCAAGGUCCUUUUGUUCAACAAAUAAACCAAACCAUGCUGGACAAAUAACGGUUUCCUCUUCAAAGAUGGCAGGUGAAUCCAAAAGCACAUUUUCAGAUUGUUUGCAUUAGAUUUGUGGAAUGAGGUUGUCCAGGUGGGGGCAGGGUGAGGAAUAUUUUUGUCAGUAAUCUAACAAAAUGUCAAGCCUUGUCUGUGCCUUGUUGAAUUUUUUAAGGAAAAUAUUUGUCUACUUUCUAAUACCAAGAAGCAUAUACAAGGGUGUGUGUGUGUGUGUGUUGGAUGAAGGGCUUUUGCAUUGGGUGGGUGGGAUUAUAUAUUUUUGUUUGUUCGUUAUGUUGCUCUUGAUAAUGGCACAUGAUCUGUAUGCCAGUUCCUGCUUGGUUUGAGGUAUAAUAUGAGGCAUGAAGCAUGAACAAGAUUGCCUGAAUCAGCCUUCAUGGCAAGAACAAAGUUGUCCUGUCCUAAGUUAAGAUUCAGCACAAAGAUGUUCUGCAGGUCCAUCGAAACAAUUACUCAACUGGUUCUCUGCAUGGUGAGGUCUAUUCAGGUUGGGUGCAAUGUGUCACAAAUAAGCUUACAGGAGCACUUGACCAUAUGUUGCCAACCUGCAUAAUGUGGACGUGUCAUUAGCAUGCUGCUUGUAUUUGUGUUUGUGCCUGGUAAAGGUUGUUGAGGAGAGAGCAAGAUUUGUCAGAAAGUUUCCACUAGGAAUUAUUUAAACUUGAAUAUAUUCUGGGGAUAGGUAAUUGUGUGUGUGUGUUUUAAAGAAGAUUCACUGUGUUUUGUGAGAGACUUUGCAUGGUGUAUACAACACAUUUUUCUUCUUUCACUUUUGCCUGUGGGCAGACAAGCUCUUUUUAAAAAAAAUAACAUCAAUGUGUAAAAAACAUUUAUCAGAUGCAAAAGUGGUGUGCAUGCUCAUCCGUGAGCAGUGAUUCCUCUUUCAGAGAGCUGGUUUGCAUGUCACACUAAGCUAUACUAUGUUUUCAAUCAUGGCUUAAUCAUGGAUGCCUGCCCGCCCCCCUGCCAUGAUGGCUUCUGCCUACCCCCAACAGGUACCAACAAGGCAUAGGAUGGCUUGUUGUGUCAUGCAAACCUGAAAUGUACUUUCUUUGUUUCGAACAAAUAUAGACCAUACAAAGAUACCAAGCCAGGCCUUUACUCCAUCUAGCUCAGUAUUGUCUACACUUACUGGCAGCAGCUCUCCAGGGUUUCACACAGGAGUCCUUCCCAGCCCUAACUGGAGAUAACAGGGAUUGAACCUGGGAGCUUCUGCAUGCAAAGUAGAUGCUCUGCCAGUGAGCUAUGGCCCUUCCUCAACAUCAGAACAGCCCUUUCCUGAGACCAUGAACAAUAUGCUGGAAAUGAGCCAAGAUUUGUUCUUCGCUUAUUUCUGGCUUACCGCUCUUCGUUUGUUUGAAACAAUGAAACCUCCGUCUGGGUUUGCACAAGCCAUGUUGUGACUUUUCUGUGCCACAGGUGGCACCCUCAGAAACAAGCAGAAGCUGCACGGAAGUGCAGAUUUGCGACUAAGCCAUAGUUUAUAACAAAUCAUGGUUUAACAUGAUGCACAAACUAACUUCAGCUUUCUAAAAAAAGAGCUCUCAUCUCCAGUCUUGUUUUGUUCCUGCUGAAAAGCUGUAUGUACUGUUCACAGAGGAGAGAAGCCUACUUGUGCAGCGUAAAUUCCAUUCAUUUUGGGAGGACAAAAAUCCCUAUCUUCAGUGGCUGUUAUCUCCUCCUAGUUAGUAAUUUUACUUGUCUUACCUACAGAGCCUCCUGAAUGCAACCAGAAGAUUUUCUCUUGCCCACAUGACUUCAAUGUGAGAUGCACUUAAGGGGUUUUCCACUUUCCUCUCUUUACACAUAGAUGUAACUGUACAGAUUGCAGUGGGGUUCAUACUUAAGUUGUUUUCAAAUCUGUGCAGGACCAAUGUGUCAUUAUUAUUUUUUACAGAGUAAUUAAUUAGCCAUUGCACUUAAUUGUUUGCUUGCAGUCAAUGUCGCCACUGCUUUGAUGGCUCCUAAUUGUAUACUGGCGGUUCACUGGAGUGGUAGGUGGGCAAUUGAGGCAUCUACUUCUGAGAUGGUAUAGUCCUCAUGCAGAGCUAUACCAUCUCCAAUUCACAAGGAUUUUACCGGCUCAGUUUCACUUAAAUUGUCCAUUUCAGAGGCCCAAGCUACAUAUUGAAAAGGUGCCAACCUUUAUAUCUGUCUCCACACACCUCACUCUACCUGUCUCCCUUGUAACAUGGUUGAAAAGUGCAGUUUUCAAAUGUCUUUUUUCCCCAAAUGUGAGAUGGGGAGAGGUCAGGGCUCAGCACAGCUCAUACAACCCACUCCCCCUCUCCUAUAUAUAUAUGUAGGUUUUCCUGAUGUAGCACAAUCCUCUUGUGCAGUUUUGGAAGUGGAUCAAAUGUCUUUUUUCUCUAGAAUUCCUAUAUAUAAUGUUUUGUGAGUUAUCUAUACGUGUCUGUUUUUGCCCACUUUUGACACUGUUCUUGUAGGGGGUUUAUCAUCACAGGUCCAUCUGGUGAGACACGUGCUUCCCUUUAUAUGUCAAGUCUAUCAGACUUACUACAUUAGAGAGAAAGCUUAUAUUCAAGGAUGUUGUAGAGCUGGAAAAGGUUCAAAAAAGGCCAACCAGAAUGAUCAAGGGGAUGGAGCAAGUCCCCUACUGAGGAAAGAUCACAACAUUUGGGACUUUUUUGGUUUAUAGAAAAGGUGAGUAAGAAGAGACAUGAUGAGAGUUGUAAAAUGUUAUGCAUGGCAUGGAGAAAGUGGAUAGAGAGAAAUUUGUCUCCCUCUGUCAUGAAAACUCAGGGACAUCCAAUGAAGCCAAAUGUUGGAAGAUUCAGGACAGACAAAAGAAGAAUGUAGGUCUUCACAUAGUCCCUAUGUGAAGAGUAUUGAUGGCCGCCACUUUGAAAGAUGACUGGACAAAUACAUGGAGGAUAAAGUUAUCUAUGGCUACUAUAGCCACAAUGGCUAAGUUUUAUCUCCAUUAUCAGAGCCGUGUCUCUGAUUACCAUUUGCUGGAAACCACGGGUGAGGAGUGGGCUGUUGUGCUCAAGUCUUGUUUUCAGGCUUCCCACAGGCAUCUGGUUGGGCACUGAGAACAGGAUGCUGGACUAGAUGGGUCUUUGACCUGACCUGGUAGACAGACUCCUGAGCCUUCUGUCAGGCAUGGUAAAUUCAACACCGUUUGAUAUGAGGAAGACUUAAGCUGCCCUCCCUCUCGUGAAGCUGAGGCUUUAAGAAUCCUUGCAUAAAGGACAGUGCCAUCUCAGAAAAAUACAUACUAGCUAGCAUUUCACCAUACCUUCAGUGGAAGAUUAUUGCAACAACUGUGACGUUCAAGGUACAAGAAGCAAAGGAAAACAAAGCAGGGCUACUUCAAUGCUGAAGGCCAUCACACAAUGUUAUACUUGCUAUGAGUGAGUCCAUGAAAAUCAAAAGCCUGCCCAUGGCAACCAGCUGCUUAUCCUGGCACUGUAUUUAGAAAUGUUUUAUAGUGUGGAUUGUUAUGAGCACAUUCAGGGUCUCCCAUAUAUUACUAAGGGGUGGAUUCUUACAUCUGAAUGACAAAUAUCCCUCUAGUAAGCAUCUCUCAGUAUUAGAGUUGGUAUGGGAGAUCAGCCAUCAUAUGAAGUACCACAUCUAGUAGUGUGUGAUGGUUUGGUAUGAGAUUGUAAUAAUGGUUGAAGCAUCACUUCCGAGAGAACUCUUUAAGUUGCUUAGAAAAUUCUUCACUUGGCAGUCUUAAGCUGGCUAAACAAACAUUCCUUUUUCCUGGAGAACUUUGGCCACUGCAGUUCUUUAAGAAGGGAUAGAAUUUGCAGCACCUGGGCAUACGGCGGCCCCCUGGAUUUUGGGAGGGAAACAAUGACAAAGUGGUGUAAAACUGCCAACUCUUUGUCCUCUGGCUUCAGUCCUCUGGGAGACUUUGUCAUCAUCCUCCUCGCACCCAAAGACAAGUUUAACACUUAAUGUGCAAGAGAGAUUACUGUAAAAAUGAUGAAGUCUGUUUAUUUAACAAGAAGACUGGGGCUUGUGUUUCCAUCUAUUUUUUUAAAAGAUGAAAUAACUCCCUGUCUUCUUUUUUUCUAGAUGUGACAAAAAUGAAAACUAUUAAGUGAUUUUAAUGAGUAUCCUUUUUUAAAACUAAACAGUUGACAGCUUGUAAACUAAGAGCUUUAUUCAAUAAAAAUAUAGCUUUUGCUCGUUUGUAUUUCAUUAGCUAAAAUUGGUUAAAAUAAAUGUUUAGUUACUGAGUUUGACAAAGUUUGUUGUUGUUGUUGGUCACCUACCUGCAAUAUAUAUCUGAUUUAUCUACAUUUUUCUCAUGCGCUUUGCUCACAGAAAUAAAAGUUAAUGGAAAUGUCA